AUGAUUACAGAUGAAAGUAGCGAGAAUUCUGACCCAAAUAGUAAUGAAGAUCGCGCAUCUGUAAUAUUCGGGCCUAUUGAACUAAAGUUGAGUGCUGGCUUUGGAAAUAUACCACCUUUGAAUUCAUUAGAUGUUGAUGAACGGAAAGCAUUCAAAAUAGUUCAUUCCAUGUUUAGUACAGAAAGUAUAUCAGUGGUUCCAUUCACUAAACUUUUUGAAUUUUUACUAAAGCAAAAUAUAGUUGAUAGAAUGUGGCUGACAUACUUUAAAGUACUUUGUAUUUUUUUAGAUAAAGAGAUAUUAAAAGCUUUUGUCUAUGCUAAGAAGAAACAUAAUGGCACUACACAUACUGGAUUGCUAUUACCAAUAAUAAAAAGUUGUAGUUUAAUAGAGAAACCGUGCUUAGAUCACUAUUACAAAAGAGAGCGCUGCUGCAGGAAAAGGCAUCAUGAAAUUAUUAGUGAUAAGACGCAAACUGAAGACUAUAAUUGUAAGAAGAUAAGGUUUUGUAGUAGUGCAGAUGAUGUAAAGCCGGAGAGUAUACCUAAGACUUUGUUUUUCACAUACUUUACUCAAAAGCUUAAAAAGGUUCAAGCACUUCACAGCGAGUGGCAGAAAGAAAAUAGCAACAAUAGUCAACUUUAUGGGAAUAAUGAACUUGAGAAGGAGUUUUAUGAACUAAUUGGGCUUAGAUAUACAUAUUGCACUAAACAGGAUGUUGAGAAAGCAACCGAAUCAAUAAAGCAUAUUUUCUGUGAUUUUGAUAUAUUUAAUGGAAAUGCCCCUCAAAUUAUUAAUGAACUAGAAGAGUGGUGCAAAAAUCGUCUAGAUUACAGGAUAAUACUUUCAAAGAUCAUUGUAAAUAGUGGAGUCAAUGAUGGGCUUAAAAGUAUUCUUAAAAUAUCACUAGAUGCAGCUGAUUAUGAAGUCCAAGCUAAAUGCAAUUCUUGGCUUGAUUUCAUUUCAUAUGCAAAUACUCUUACAGACUACCAUUGUAGCAGUAAUGAAACCCAAUUAAUUUAUACUGCUUGUAAAAGACUCUCUUCAGCUAAGUUAGAUUGGAUAAACAUUAAGAAUGAAGAACGAAAGAAACAAGAAGAUGAAGAGAGGAGUAAGCAAUUAAAAGAGGAGAGAUAUAAUGAGUUGAUGAAAAAAAGAAUCCAGCUACAGUAUGACACCAUUUCUUUUAUCUUAAAUAUGCACUCUAAACAGUCUACUGAAAAUUACAAUCCAUUUUGGAUUUUAGGUGUAGAUCCUAGGACAACGACAUUAAGUGGUAUAAAAAAUAUACGAAAACAACUACUACUACUAGUUCACCCAGAUAAGGUGUUAGACAGUAACUUGAAGGAUUUAGCAAAUGAAGCCUCCAUAUUAGUUAAAUCUGCUGUAGACUCAAUUCUUAAUAUGUUUAGCAACAAUUAUCUAGAAGUUUCUGCAAAGUACUCAAAAGGCCCAAACUCACCAUUUUCAUUUGGAGCUAAAAUAAAUAGGGAUGAUAUUAAGGAAAAUUCUUUUGAUUUAUUUUUUAAAGUGAUUGACAUAUACUGUAUUACUCUCAAUGGGGAAAUUUCCUUACCACUUAAUCUUGAAGUUAAAAUAUACUUGAAGGAUGGAGUGACCAAAAUACCUGAAAUAAGGCUUUACAUAGCAUUUCCAUUUAUUGGUAAGUGUAAAUCAAUCCGACCAUUGCUACUCAAAGAUCGUAUAUUUCGUUCUUUAAAUGUUUAUUUCGAUGAAAACGACACUAAGGACUCAGUAAAGGGGAUAUUAUACAAAGAUUACAUCCAUUGUAUUGUUCCCGAUGUAAUUUUGAUAGGUUACCCUGGAAUUACGGAGUUAACUUAUUUUGUCGGUAUUCAGAUUCACAAUGACAACACAGAUAUUUUCUGGAAUUCUGUUAGUUUUAAAGUUCCUCCGAAAACUGAAUUUUCUAAGGGGUUUUCAAAGCAAAAAUUGAGGACUCAUUUGGAAUCUUAUCGCAGAACAUGGGGUAGUAUGAACAAGCAUAUACAAAUUAUGUAUGGGGCUGAUGUAUUGUGUCAUCUUGUUCACAAUACGCAGAAAAAAGCUGAUCUUCUUGAGAUAUUAUUCAAUGUUAUGGAGAAUUCUUAUAAGUAUAACUUCGAAGAAAAUAAGUGA